GAACUGAAAUGAAAGAAAGCUAUUACAUUUACAAAAAGUUAAUGGCAACGACAAAACUCGGCAAGGUUGGUGCAAAUAGUAAUCAUUAAACGUAGGCCUGUGUCGUAGUUCGCGAUGGGUAUUUCUCGUGAUCAUUGGCAUAAACGUAGGAAGACCGGAGGUAAAAGGAAGCCCAUCAGAAAGAAGAGGAAGUUCGAACUCGGCCGACCUGCCGCUAACACUAAAAUUGGACCUCAAAGAAUCCAUACAGUACGAACUAGAGGCGGUAAUAAAAAAUAUAGAGCCUUAAGGCUUGACCAUGGAAAUUUUGCAUGGGCCUCCGAACAUUGCACUCGAAGAACACGUAUUGUAGAUACAGUCUACAAUGCCAGCAACAACGAAUUGGUGCGUACUAAGACAUUAGUAAAAAAUGGAAUUGUAUUAAUUGAUGCUACUCCUUUCCGUCAGUGGUAUGAAGCUCACUAUGCUUUGCCCCUUGGUCGCAAGAAGGGAGCUAAACUUACGGAAGCUGAGGACGCAAUUUUGAAUAAAAAACGUAGUAAAAAGACUGAAAAGAAAUAUAAAGAUAGACAAAAGCUGGCGAAAGUUGACCCAGCAAUGGAAGAUCAAUUCAUGUCAGGAAGAAUAUUAGCUUGUAUUUCGUCAAGACCAGGCCAAUGUGGUAGAUGUGAUGGUUACAUUCUUGAAGGAAAAGAGUUGGAAUUCUACCAACGUAAAAUAAAGGCCAAAAAAGGGAAAUAAACUUAUUUGUAAGAAGUGAAAAUAAAAUUAAAAAAUCUGUA